AUGGGGUUGAGGAUGGAGCUGCCCGCACCUCUGCAGCGCCUGCCGGGGGCUGUGAAGCUCCUCGCCGUCUCCUUCCACGUCCUCCUGCUACUACUGCUCCAGGCGCCCCAGACCUGCUGGGGAAAGUACGUGAAAGGGAACAUCAGCACCAAGGAGGACUGGGUAUUCUUGACUCGAUUCUGCUUCCUUUCUGACUAUGGGCGCCUGGACUUCAGAUUCCGCUACCCAGAGGCCAAAUGCUGCGAGAACAUCCUUCUUUAUUUUGAUGAUCCUUCCCAGUGGCCCGCCGUCUACAAGAAGGGAAACAAGGAUUGUUUGAUGAAGGAGUCUGUGAUCCGCCCAGAGAACAAUCAGGUGAUCAACCUCACCACCCAGUAUGCCUGGUCUGGAUGCCAGUUGGUGACAGAAAAUUCGGUGCGGUACUUGAGCUGCGCCAGCGGCAGGAGUUUCCGCUCGGUUCGUGAGCGGUGGUGGUAUGUGGCGCUCAGCAAGUGUGGGGGCGAUGGGCUGGAACUAGAGUAUGAGAUGAUCCUCACCAAUGGCAAAUCGCUUUGGACGCGGCACUUCUCAGCUGAUGAGUUCGGCAUCCUGGAGACAGACAUAACUUUCCUGCUUAUCUUCAUCCUAAUCCUCAUCAUCUCCUGCUACUUUGGCUAUCUUUUGAAGGGACGGCAACUUCUCCACACCACUUACAAGAUGUUCAUGACGGCGGCUGGGGUGGAGGUGCUCAGCCUGAUGUUCUUCUGCAUAUAUUGGGGCCAGUAUGCGAGCGAUGGCAUUGGAAACGGCAGCCUCAAGAUCUUGGCCAAGCUCCUUUUCUCCGUCAGUUUCCUGAUCUUCCUCCUGAUGCUCAUCCUUCUGGGAAAAGGAUUCACUGUCACCAGGGGUCGGAUCAGCCACACUGGCUCUAUCAAGCUUUCUGUGUACAUGACGCUCUACACUAUCACUCAUGUCGUGCUCUUCAUCUACGAGGCUGAGUUCUUUGAUCAAGCGCAGGUGCUGUACACUUACGAGUCGCCGGCUGGAUACGGCCUGAUCGCCUUGCAGUUUGUGGCUUACAUCUGGUUCUGCUACGCCAUCCUGAUCACUCUCAAGCAGUUCCCGGAGAAACAGCCCUUCUAUGUGCCAUUUUUCGCCGCUUACACCCUCUGGUUCUUUGCUGUCCCAGUCACUGCGCUUAUUGCCAACUUUGGCAUCCCCAAGUGGGCACGGGAGAAGAUAGUCAACGGGAUCCAGUUGGGCAUCCACCUUUAUGCCCAUGCCGUAUUUCUGAUCAUGACACGGCCCUCGGCAGCCAAUAAGAACUUCCCGUACCACGUGCGGACAUCGCAGAUCGGGAUUGUGGAGGAGGUGGCGUCCGGGGCCAAGUUCCCGCACCACGUGUACGGCAAUGUGACGUUCAUCAGCGACUCGGUGCCCAACUUCACGGAACUCUUUUCCAUCCCACAGAGCACCGGGAGCAGCUCAAGCAACCCCCGCAAACAGGUGGAGGAGACGUCAUCCGCCGACCGUAACCUGACCCCCAGCUGCGUGGUCACCACCUCGGAGCUCAGCGGUGCCCCUGUGCUGUUGAAACCGUCCCUGGGGGGCGAGAGCCAGCCGCCCCCCUAUCAGCUCCAUGCGCCCCAACUCCACCAGCACAAUGGCUACACCGAGUAUUUUAGCAUGCACACGACGGGUGCCCGUCCCGUCUAGGCUUCUCCUUGACUGUCCUGAUCCUUUGUGGCUUCCUCCGCUUCCUUUCUCAACAUUUUUCUUGUGGGGGGGGGCCCUGCCUCAACCCCAACCCCAGUUUCUCCUCUGGGCACCCUCCUCCUCGCUCCAUCUUCUGCCAUCUUCUAUUCCAAUUUGUGUCCUACCAUAUCAGAGGGCUAUUUUAUCCUGUUGUCUCCCUGGAAUACCACAGUUUAGUGAGAGUAUUGGGACAUUGGAUGCUUGGCUUGGGAUAGAAUUGGGGUCCCUCCCCUCCCACCAUCUUACUGCCCCCCACUCAGUACGAUAGAGGGCGUGACUCUUCUCCUCGCCUAGUUAAUUACCUAAAAGACAUCUAUCUGUACGAUACAUCUCUGUCCUUCCCCAAGCUAUGGUCGUACGCUGCCUGCCUCUGUGGGAAGCUGCCACUGGGGGAAGCCAGGGACUGGAUUAACAUGACCAGCGCGUGAUUCUCUUCCACCCCUAUUUCAGUCAGAGCGACAGGCCUAUCUUUGGCUGCCAUCUCCCCUGUAGACAGUUUGACUCCAAAGGGAGGUCACCAUAGUCUUCUCACAGCCGCCAUUGUGGUUGAACGACUCUCCUGCCUGGAUGCAGAUGGGAGGGACUGCAGACAUCCCGGCUCAGACUGGCUUUGUAACAAUGUUCUCCUGUAUUAUUGCUCCCUUCCGAUGCUGCCCUUUUCCUGCUACUUUACAGUGGUAGCAGGCAUUCCCUUUGUCCCAUUUCCUUGACCCCCCCCCAGGUGGCGGCGUUUGCCCUCCUCCCUUUCCCCGUGAUGGUGCUGUGGGUUCUGCUCCCUGAUGACGGUGAAUUUCUGAAAUUCACCAGAGUGGGCUCUUUUUUUGCCA